AUGGAGAGGCAGAGCCGGGAACACGUGCUGACGAACCGUAGCGAGCUCGCGCGCGAGAAGAUGUGGGCGCGCAUCCACCUCAUCCCCCUCCUGCAGGCCGAGGAGGACCGCGACCAGGUCCGCAGGUGGUACGCCGACCAGGCGAGAGAGAAGGAGCUGCUGGGCGAGAACACCAAGGUCUACCACUCUGACAGAUUCGUCCGUCCCACUUUCGCCGUUGCGCCGCAGACCAAAAACUAG